GCGCUGUUUCAUUGGAGACGAGCUUGAUAAUGACAGUUGAAAGUGUUCAUUUCGUUUGUUUUUACAAACAGUGUAGAGAGAUGAAAAUUGCUCACAUGUAAACAGUAACUAAAGGCAACUGUGUUCCAUGCUUGUUCUGUGUUUUUCCCAUCCGUAUGGAUUUGUUGGCUUGCCCGAUGCAUUGUAAGCCUUAACAAAGUUUGAGAGUUUAAAGUAGAAUUUUCUUUGACGCGGGAGAUUGUGUUGGAAACAGUAGCACUUCUGAAUGCAAACUUUUGCUUUUUACAGUUACCUAAAUACAUUUGAGUUCUUUUUGGGCUCGUGAGUCAUGAGUCGCAACGAGGAAAUGGAUGGCUUCGAUGGGGAGGCUUCCAGUACAUCAAUGAUCUCCGGAGCUAGCAGUCCGUAUCAGCCCACCACUGAGCCAGUGGUGCCUCGGCGGGGGCUGGCGGGCAUCAGGUGCGAUACAGAUUACCUGCGGUCCACUUUCGGCGUUUUCAAAAUAAUUGAGGUGAGCUUGGCAUUGAUAGCCUUCAUCUGUAUAGAGACGGUAAAAGAAUGUUCACCCUGUGGAGGUCUGUAUUUCUUUGAAUUUGUGAGCUGUAGUGCAUUUGCAAUUACUGGAGUUCUGUUGGUGAUCUUCUGUGUAAAUUUCCACAUGAGGGUGCCCCAGAUCAACUGGAAUUUAACAGAUUUGGUCAAUACUGGGCUCAGCGCCAUCUUUUUCUUUAUUUCAUCUAUAGUCCUUGCUGUUCUGAAUCACAGAACUGGAGCAGAAAUUGCAGCAGCGGUGUUUGGUUUUAUGGUGACAGCAGUUUACUCAUUUAAUAUGUAUCUUGCUGUUAAAAAGUGGCGUGAGGGUAGCAGACAGCAGAAUGCAAGACAAAACAGUGAGUACACACGUGCUCGUACAGCAUCAAGAGGGGAAGCAGAAACACGACCAGAGAUUGUACGCCUUGAAGCAUGAAGGACACUGGCAGAGGGGGAAGUGUGUUGCAGAAUGCGUCUUUCAUUAUUGAUCAUUGUACUACCAAGACUUUCUUUAGGUAACUACUUCCUUUUUGGUGGUGAAGGACAAAGCAAACAUGGCAGGAAACUGAAGGAAGUGGAAAAUAUUUAUCCCCUUUAAUGUGGAGAUAUGCGUAACACCUUUGUUUCUUGCUUAUUUAAGAAUGGAUGCAAGAAUUUCAUCGAGUGUUUUGCUUUUUAAGUACUUUUUAUAGUUAAAAGCACAUAUGCUGCCUAAUUUCAUGAAUCAUUUAGUCAGCUAAAAAUAAGAAGUAAUAUAUAAAGGAAGGAGAGCAUUCACUUUGUCAAAAAUGGACUUGGAUCAUUCGAGUUUAUCUUUGUGGACAGUACAUUUUUCACAGUAAUGUUUUCUAUAUUAUCUGAAUUUAUGCCAUGAUUGCACAUAUAGCAUAUGUGGGUACUGUAGCAAAGUUACUUGUACACUAUGACUAAAGUGUAUGAUUUGUAAUAAGAUUUUAUGUAAAUCAAUCCUGUGAGCAUUUUGAUGCCUGUCAGGCUUGGAAAAAAAACACUACUGUUUUUAACUGAUACUAAUUUUAAUAACAUUUUGUUUCUUUAUGGUUCCUUCUAGUACAUGCAUGUCAAUUUUCUCAGUAAUGCAAAAUGGAGGUUCAAGCAUUGCUGUUCAUAAUGUGGCAUUAAGAGUGAGGAUUAAGUGAUCUGUGUGGGCAGGUAAACGGAAAUGUAGUUUUGCUUUCUGCUGACAUGUUUUUCUUUUGUCUUCUACUGCAAGAUUAGAAAAAAAAUUAACUACUAAGCUUAUUUUCACUAGUGUCAUCUUCAAGUUGUGAUCACAGUUUUUAUUCAGUCACUUCAUAAAAUGAAGAAGGCCUGUAUCUGAGUGUCCUUCUUGUUCAGAGAAGACUCUGUGGCUAAAUGGUGUAAAGCGUGAAAUAAAAAUCAAACAUUAAUUUUAAUGUUUGAGACCCUUUAGGUCAUGUAUUUAUUGGCCAGGAAAGGCAAACAGAAGUGAAGUUCAUUUCCAAGUGCCUUACUGAGACGUCUCUAAUUGUAUAGGGUCACAUUGUUUUUAAGUUGGAGUUUGCAGUACUUUCAUGCAGCUCCAUUUACUAUUUUGUCGUCUGUAACUUGUAGCACCUGUACUUUGUCAUGAGUCACUGCAGUCUGUGGUCUAUACCAGAGCAGGUUUCAUAUAUUUAUUCACACCUCCUAAGCUUUGAAUUUGAUUGCAGCCAUAGCAAAGUAAACUGACAAGUACUUCUUAGAUGUAUUCCAUUGAGUAACAAUGUGGUUGUGCAAGUCAUUAACCAGACUGUGCUCCCAGACUGAUUCUAAAAAAGGUCCAUGGAGAUAAGUGCUCUACCCCUGUAAACAAGUACAAAUAAAGUACAGUAAAAAGAUAGAUCUUUCAACAUUUGCUUUGUAUUUUACAGAUACUCCAAAGUAUCUUUGAGUUGUGUCAAAGUGAUCCAAAAGCAGCAUGCUGCUCAUGAGCUCUGUUGACUACCAGUAUAAGUACACUACUUAUCUUAUAUUUCAGAUACACUGAGAGAUGCUAAACCAUUUACAGUAGUGAUGUAGCCAUUGUAGUUAGGUUAAAAUUGAACAUGUUAGUGCUGCAGAAAAUAAUAAAACUAUGUUUACACAUAAAGUAUGUUUGUGCUUGUGCAAUACUCAAAAAUUAAGAACUGUAGACCAUUAUGUGCGGGUCCUAAAAGGUCAUCUAGUUUGUCUAGUAAUGUUUGUUUAAAUAUGAACAUGCUGUUGCAGAUUUUUUGACCAGUGCUAGUGCUUUCAUUAGCACGUUGGCACAGUGGUUACUGCUGCUGCUUUUCAAUACCCAGGUUUGUUUCAUUUCUGUCUCUGGAUGCUGUCCAAGUGGAUUUUGCAUGGUCUCCUUUUGUAUGCUUGGGCUUACUCUGCACAUUCCAGUUUCUUUCUACAUCUUUUUUUUUUUUUUUAAUAGUUUUUGAGAUAGGCACUUCAAAGGUUAGCCCUUGUUAGAACCCAUUGCAGAUAUUUAGGGCUGCAGUGAUAUAAAAAAGUAGGUGGGAUAACCAAAAGAACCAUGCAAUUUUGUUAAGACAAUAAAAAAUAAUUUUGUAAGUGUGUUAACAUCAAUUACUGCUUCACACUGGUGCUGCGGUAGUGUUGUCGCCUCACAGUAAGACGCUGUCCGGUUCG